AAGAAAGUAAUGACAACGUGUUGUUGAAUAUAAGCCAACAUUUGCUAUCAUUGAUACCUCAUUAGACACUUCUUGUAAAUCAUCGAAAGUAAGAGCUAUCAGACAAUGUUAGAGCCAAUGAGCCACUCAUCGAGCACUGGGAGGUAUCGAGAGGUACAGGUGUUUGCAUAGUCAGUGUAGGACUGGUAUGUGUUGUGAUGACACCAUUGGUUACGUCACAUGAGAUCUAUGGGUGCAAUACAUUGAAGACUUGAUUAUUGCUUUAACACUGUGUUUGACAAUAUGUCUGACUAUUAUUGAUGUGACUGUGAUUGUUGUCUUAAUCAAAGACAUGAGUUUGUGGUGAUUGUGCACUAAUGGCACACCAAUUGUGACCAAAACAUUACUGUUUAUAUCAAUUAUCAUCACUUUGUGUCCAUUUUUCAACUUGUGAUCCAUCGAAAUGAAGAAACAGUUUCUAAAUAUCAAAGACUUUGUUCACAUAAACCUCUCGCGUGGAGACAAAAGUGAAGUAUUAAAUGAAGACCUGAUAACUGCUGAAAAAAGGGUUGACUUAAUCAAACAGACGUGUCUUAACAGUGAAAAGAAAAUCACGUCAUGUCUUCAGACAACGGGAACGGGUGUCGACUCGUUGUCUGCAGAGAAACGCCUCAAAAAGAUGCCUCAAAUGCAACUCUACCAGUGCUUCACUGAAUUGGCCGAACAAUUGGGUACUGACUCUGUCCUCGGGUUAACAUUAAGCGAGUGUUCAAAACUUCAGAGUUUAGCUUCAAAAGAGUUACUGAACUAUGAAUUAGAUGUUGAAAAGCAAUGUCUGAAUCAAUUAACUAAAGCCAUGGAAGUGGAGAUACCUGUUGUUAACAAAGCAAAGAAACAUUUAACAAAAGCCACAACAGAUAUGGAUAACUACCGAAUUAAAUACCAAACGGCACUUAAAUUGUCGCAACAAUACGCCGGCGGGUCUGCCCUGUCGUCGGCACAAAAAGCUGAGUCUCUUCGUAAAGAACUUGAAGAUUCAAGCAUUAAAGUGGAUCAAACCAGAGAUAAUUAUGCGGCAGAAAUGUUUGCUUUAUUAAGCAAUGAAUCACAAUAUGCACACAUAUUUCUCAAUUUAUUUAAGAUUGAAGCCAACUAUCAUAAGAAAAUGCAAGAAUUAAUGCAAAUCUAUUUGCCUGUCAUUGAAAAAGUCAUUAAUGAUAAUUCACAAAAGCCAGUGUUUGGUACAGCACUUGGCGAACACCUGCGCGUAACAAAGCGUGAGAUCUCAGUUGUCAUCGAAACGUGUGUCGGAUGGCUAUUGAAUAAUUUGUCUGAAGAAGGAUUGUUCCGCAUUCCCGGCAGUACUUCCAAAGUUAAAAAAUUAAAGAAUGGAUUCGAUGCCGGAUUUGUCGACUUCGAAGAAUACAUUCGCGACACCCAUACGAUUGCCGGUACUCUCAAGUCAUAUCUUAGAGAAUUUCCAGAACCACUUCUUACAUAUAGUCUUUAUAAUGAUUGGAUCAAUGCUGCAAAAGUCAAUGACUCUGAUGGUCGACUACAAGCUCUGUGGCAAGUCUGCAAUCGACUACCAAAAGCACAUUUUGAUAAUUUGCGAUAUUUAGUAAAGUUUUUAUCAAAAAUUUCCAAUAAUUGCGAGUCAAAUAAGAUGUCGGCGCAAAACUUAGCUAUAGCUAUAUCACCCAGUCUUAUAUGGCCGCCACAAAAUGGACAACAAUUUGAUGUAAAUAUGACGGCUGCCAGUCAUCACAGUUUGAUAUUGGAUGCAUUAAUUCAAUAUUGUGAUUGGUUUUUUCCUGGAGAUCUUAAUUUUGUCACAUUUGCCAUUCCUGGAGACAGACUUACGAAUGGAGAUAAUACUUAUUUUGGAGAUAACUAUUCCUCAAAAGCGCAACAAAGUCAUCGAUCUAACAAAAAACAAGCGCCCGCUCCUCCUGUUAGACCUCUUGAAAGAGUUUCUUCUAUUAAUGGGAACAAGUCUUCAGAUUCCUUAAAAAGUUUUGAUUCAGAAACAGAAAAUACAAUAAAUAAUGAAAUUAGUUUCGCAGAGAGUUGUGAUUCAAAUACAUCUGUGAUUUAUUCAACGGCUUCUUUAGACAGACCAACUAAAAGACUAACAAACAACUCAGUCAGUAAUGAUAAAAAGGUUUCAACAAAUAUUCAACUGAGAAAUAAAGUGAUAGAAAAGCCUAACGUUCCGCCACCAUCUGUGCCCACAAGAAAUACCUCUGAAAGACCGCAUUCAAUACAUGAAAGGCCAUCAGUUCCUCCACCAGAGCGACCUCAGAGGUCAUGUGAUAAUAAAAUUAAAGAACGAUCUCUUGAAUGUUUAAAUGAACCCAAUCUUAUCGGUGAUAAACAACUGUUUGAAGAUAAAUCAGCCGAAAGUGAGUCUAAAAUUGAGUUCAUUUCAAAGUCAUUGUAUCCUUUUAAUGAUUUGAUUGAUAUUGAAGUCGAAAAACAAAAUGAUAUUGAAAUUAAUGACAGCUCUUCUGUGGAAUCUUUGAGAAUCAAAAGUGUUGAUCCAGAGACCGAUUGCAUUGCUUUUGUAGACGACUCGGCCUCUGAUAUUGAAGACAACAAUAAUGUUACGAACGUUAAGUUCAAAGUUAAUUCACAAUUAAAAGUUAAAAUUAUACCAAUAAAACCUCCCAGAGCUCACUCACCUGCAAAUUUAGUCGACAAAACUAUAGAUCCAGAGCUUCAGUCGCAGUCAAGUAGUGACGACACUCAUCUGAUUGAUUUUAAGUCUGAUUCCAGUCCACCGACACCUACAUUCACAACUAGUGAAACUACUUUACCCAUAAAAGCAUCCAACGAUCCCUUAACCACUCAAUCUAUACAGCCUAAGCCACGCACACAAAUGAGACCAUUGCCACCAAAUAAGCCGAAAAUCGCCGCAUCCUCUGAAAACACUUAUCUAUAACUUUGAAACAAUUGUUUUUUAAUACAUUAUUAAUAAUAAUGAUAUUUAUGUGCAUUAUUUACAUUUUAAUAUACUUAAAAAGUAUUGAUAUUUUAAUGCUUUUUUAAUACUAUAUUAACUUAUAAAUUGCCUUUCAGUGCCUUUUUAAUUAUGUUUUAAAACUAAGGGAUUUAAUCAUUUUAUAAUAUUUACUAUUAUGCAAAAUCUAGUCCAUAUU